UGCUUUGCAUCAAUCCAAGUAUUUGCCUGAUCAGAUAGAGAGAGUCCAAGAUACUGUCUCACAGCUCUGUCAUCAGCAAGGCAGACACAGAAGAGGCUGGGGUCACUAGUGAUGGACAACACUCCUCUUCUUCACAAGUCAGGAGAGAGGCUGUGAGACCCCUGCCUCUCGCAAUUAUUCAUGUGAUUCUGUUCUCACUGCCCCCCUCUCCUUCCCUCCAUCAGCAGCUUGCUCUCAGCCCUUGCCUGCCCCCCCUCUCCCUCUCUCUCUCUCUUUCUCUCUCUCCCUCUCAGUCUCUCCUCUGUUGCAUUCCUUGCCAGAAGCUCCCAGUUCCUCUCGGAUCUUGUUUUGCUGGGUUGGAGUGUACAGGACUUUAAGAUGCUGUUGGAUCCUCUAUAACGUUUCCAUGUGACAGUUCUUUUUUCUGUUUAAUAUUCUUCUUGCAAGAGCUGAAGAUUCCACCCAGGACUACCUUGGGAUAAUUUCAAGACAAAACAAUGCACAUAGUCACAUAAACAUUUUCUAUGGGAAGACUUGCGGGAUUUACCGAUAACCAACGGUUUUUGCAUUCUUGAUUGACCUAGAACGGGGAAUAAUAGAGGACUGUUAAAGUUGCAUUACCAAAAAUGAAGGACGUAUGUUUACACAGCAUUCUUCUAUUCCUGGGCUUCUUCUACAUUAGCAAUGCCACACCAACAGGAAGAAACAGCAAAACGAGGCAUGGUCGUCAUGAAAAAGGGAAGGAAGGACAAGUUUUGCAUCGGUCAAAAAGGGGGUGGGUUUGGAAUCAGUUCUUUGUAAUAGAGGAAUACACUGGACCAGAUCCUGUACUUGUUGGAAGGCUUCACUCAGAUGUCGAUUCUGGCGAUGGGAAGAUCAAGUACAUACUCUCAGGGGAAGGUGCUGGGACCAUUUUUGUUAUUGAUGACAAAUCAGGGAAUAUUCAUGCGACCAAGACCCUGGACAGAGAAGAAAGGGCUCAAUAUACAUUGAUGGCUCAAGCUGUCGAAAGGGAGACGAAUAAACCGCUGGAACCACCGUCAGAGUUCAUUGUCAAGGUCCAAGAUAUAAAUGAUAAUCCUCCAGAAUUCUUGCAUGAAAAUUACCAUGCAAAUGUUCCAGAGAUGUCCAAUGUGGGUACAUCCGUUAUUCAGGUAACAGCUUCAGAUGCAGAUGAUCCUACGUAUGGAAACAGCGCCAAGCUUGUGUACAGUAUUUUGGAAGGCCAACCAUAUUUUUCAGUGGAAGCACAAACAGGAAUUAUCCGAACAGCUCUUCCUAACAUGGACAGAGAAGCCAAGGAGGAAUAUCAUGUUGUGAUUCAAGCAAAAGAUAUGGGAGGACAUAUGGGAGGUCUCUCAGGGACAACAAAAGUGACAAUAACAUUAACAGACGUCAAUGAUAACCCACCAAAGUUUCCGCAAAGUGCAUACCCCAUGUCAAUAUCAGAGGCCGCUGUUCCUGGUGAAGAGGUGGGAAGGUUAAAAGCCAAAGACCCCGAUAUAGGAGAAAAUGGCUUAAUAAAGUACCACAUUCUAGAUGGGGAUGGCGCAGAGAUGUUUGAAAUUACCACGGAUUAUCAAACGCAAGAAGGUGUUGUAAAACUUAAAAAGGUGGUUGAUUACGAAACUAAAAAAUUCUACAAUAUGAAGGUGGAAGCUACCAAUAUCCACAUUGAUUCCCGAUUCAUGAGUAGAGGACUAUUUAAAGACACAGCCACUGUGAAGAUAUCAGUAGAAGAUGCAGAUGAGCCACCAAUAUUUUUGGAACCUAGUUAUGUUUUGGAAGUAUUUGAGAAUGAACCACCAGAAACAAUAGUUGGUAGAGUUCACGCUAAAGACCCAGAUGCUGCAAACAGCCCUAUAAGGUAUGCAAUCGAUCGGCACACUGACUUUGACAGAUAUUUCAGCAUCGACUUGCAUGAUGGUGUCAUCAGAACCACCAAGCCUUUAGAUAGAGAAGAGGGAUCCUGGCACAAUAUUUCAGUUACUGCAACAGAGCUUCACAAUCAAGCUCACGAGGCUAAAGUCCCAGUGGCAAUUAAGGUGCUGGACAGGAAUGACAAUGCUCCUGAAUUUGCAAAGCAGUAUGAAGCUUUACUGUGUGAAAAUGCUCAAAUAAAUCAGCAUUUGUUGACAAUAACAGCCAUUGAUAAAGAUGAUACAGCCAAUGGCCAACGGUUUCACUUCAGUUUUCCUCCACAUCUUGCUCAUCCAAACCAAAAUUUUACCAUAAAAGACAACCGAGACAACACAGCCAGCAUUCAUGUCGGUCGUGGAAUUUUUAGCCGUCAGAAACAAGACUUUUACCCAUUGCCCAUCGUAAUAAGUGAUGGGGGGGUCCCGUCAUUGACAAGUACGAACACCCUUUCUAUCCGCGUAUGUAGCUGCAGUGACGGAGCUGUACUGUCUUGUAAUGCUGAGCCACAAACACUUAAUGCCGGCCUCAGUACCGGAGCAUUGAUCGCCAUUCUUGCUUGCAUUGUGAUUUUAUUAGUGAUUGUGGUCUUAUUUGUAACUCUGAGAAGAGAAAAGAAAGAACCUUUAAUUGUGUUUGAAGAGGAAGACAUCCGAGAGAAUAUCAUAACAUAUGAUGAUGAAGGUGGUGGAGAAGAAGAUACAGAGGCAUUCGACAUUGCUACUCUACAGAAUCCAGAUGGGAUUAAUGGAUUUUUGCCACGUAAAGACAUAAAGCCUGAGUUCCAGUACCCACCAAGAGAACUUGGAAUUAGACCAGCUCCGAAUAGUGUUGACGUUGAUGAUUUCAUCAACACAAGGAUACACGAGGCUGAUAAUGACCCUACUGCACCUCCAUAUGAUUCCAUUCAGAUCUAUGGAUAUGAAGGGAGAGGUUCUGUUGCUGGUUCUUUAAGCUCAUUGGAGUCAGCAUCUACAGAUUCUGAUUUAGACUACGACUAUCUACAAAACUGGGGACCUCGUUUUAAGAAACUAGCAGACUUAUAUGGCUCCAAAGACACUUGUGAAGAUGAUUCUUAACAAUAAAGUUCUAAAUUUGGCCUUAAGUACUGUGUAAUGUACUCAAGUAUCCAGAGGAAACAUUAACAGGUAUUUUUUCUAAAGAAAUCGAGAAAAGGCUUCUUUAACCAUGAAAAGGUUUACAGACAGGAUUCCUUCCAAAACUCAAACUUUGCAGUGGUGGUUGAUACUGUGAGGACUCUGCAGCCUGAGUAAACGUAUCAGUUUUUUUAUUUUUUCUUAUUUUUUAUUUUAUUUUUAGAAAUAAACCACUAGUAAGACGCAGCCUAUUAAAAAAAAAGGCAAUGCAGGAACCACUCCAUGUAAAAGGGAAAAUCUUUACAGUAUGUAAAAUAUUCAUCUUUUAUUUCAAAAAAGCUUCCACAAAUUAGAAAGGAUAACAGUUUUGAGCUGUAAUAUCGCCUUAAACUAUGGACACUUUAUAUGUAGUGCAUUUUUAAACUUGAAAAAAUAUAUAUAUAUAAUCAGCCAGCUUAAACCCAUAUAAUGUAUGUACAAUAAUAUGUACAAUUAUAAUGUCUCUUGAGCAUCAGACUUGUUACCGCUGAUUCUUGUAAAUCUUUUUGCUUAUAAUCCCGUCUUAAAACUAAUACGUGCCAGAAACGCACCCGAUUUCUAUGUCAUUUUUAAUGUAUCUAUUUGUACAAUUUUAAAAUUCUUAUUUUAGUAUACAUACAAGAUAUCAGUAUUCUGACAUGUUACGGCAUCACACAUAUAUUUUAUGAACAUCGUAAUGUUGCUUUAAUAUGUGCUUCAAUAUAAGAAGCAAUCUUUGAAAUAAAAAUGACCUUUUUUA